AUGGCCUCAGAACAGAACUCAAACCAGUAUGUUGUUCAACCUUCCUUUGUUGAUGAAGGUGGUAAUGAAACUGUUGGUAAUGUUAUCAACAGUUUUUCGCUGUUAACCAAUCAUGUCGAAGCAUCUGGUCCUUCCAGUCCCAAAACUGUUUUGAUUACCAAUCAUGCUGGAUCAUCUCCCCCGAUCAGUCCCUCCUCAAAUCAAGCAGUUGCUGCAUCUGUUCCCAUAUCUGCAGUUCAAACUAAUGUUGCAUCUGUUCCCAUAACUGCAGCACAAAGAUACAUUGCUGACAUAAAUGGACUGAUUGAUACAAAAAGCAUACAUUUCUUCAUUGUUGCCCGGAUUAUGACGUUAUGGAAAGUACCAGAGUCUUCCAAGAGCAGCAAAAUUAAAUCGAUGGAGAUGACUUUGAUUGAUGCUCAGGGUAGUAAGAUUCAGGCUACCAUUCAUGGCCGCUAUGUGAAAGAUUUUCAAGAUAUCUUAAAAGAAGGUUCUGUAAGAAGGCUGUCACGAUUUGAUCAUGGACUGAACAUUGCUGGUGGUUUUCGAUGUGCUAAACACGAAUACAAAAUCGUGUUUGAAUCAAACACAUUGAUUGAAGCUGUUUUUGAUUUUGACAUUCCAAAUCACAUUUUUGAGUUCACACCUUUUGCAGAAGUUACAAAUUUUGUGGCUAAUUUUGAUUAUUGUUUUGAUCUGAGAGGGCACAUAAUUGCAUACAGUGAUCCUAUUGUUGACUACGGAAAAAAAAGGAUUUCUGUUGAACUUGAAGAUGAAAAGGCUGAUAGGCUGGAAGUAACCUUAUGGGGUGAACAUUCUGACAGAGUUUUGGAAUACAUGGACUCAAUCCCCACUAUUCAUGUUGUGCUUAUUGUACAGUAUGUAAAGUUCAAGAAGUACUACUGUAAGUAUAUUAGUCCUUAA